AAAAAGUAAACAGACCUGUUUUGAUGUGUCAAAAAAUCAGCGGCUCUGCUAGCUCGUCUUUUCCUCAAGGAUUUGGUGUCAUUGCAAGCAAACAUUUAUUGUAAAACAGUCUGCUUUUGACGAGCACGAAGCCUUUUUCGUGCAGCGUUUUUUUUUCUCUCUCCGCUUUUUAAAGAGUCUAGCUGUCUGUGUGUAUAGUGCGUUACAUCAGCUAGCAGGCUAACAGCUGAUAGCCUGCUAGCUGAUGCUCACCGUUUAAACUAACUUCACGUUCGCUGAGGGCUUAGCAGCGCUUUGGCAGCUAGCAGGAGAUCGACGGUAGGUCGUAUGUGUCUACCUAUAUCCUUUAAUGUCUCUCUGACAGCUGUGCAGAUUAAAUAAUGGUGUUAACAGUGUGUGUGACUUGAUAUAAAUCUGUAAUGUUACACUGACUAUAAGGUGACAUUUAAGGCAAGCGUAACCACCCUUCUUUAGCCGCUAGCUGCUCAGCCUGUUUCUCUUCUUGUAUACUUUGCCUGCAUGACUUAACUUCUGUCCCUUUAACAUCAGCUCACAACUAUCCGAGGAAACUUAGAAUGACGUUAGUGCUAGACAGAUAAACGCGAUGAAGCCUGAACACCAGUGCCCUGCAAUGGCGGAGGAUGGAGCGCUGAGUCCGGUGGGAGGACGCGCCGGAUCGUCAGGCCGACCGGGCCGACAGACCUACAAGAGUUCAGCCCAUUUCCGCAGCCUGCUGGACGGCCUGCUGGCUCUCAGACAAAGUGGCAUCCUGUUUGAUGUUGUGCUGGUGGUGGAGGGUCGACCCAUCCAAGCCCACCGUAUUCUUCUGGCAGCCUCCUGUGAUUAUUUCAGGUGCAUGUUUGCUGGAGGCCUUCGGGAGACACAGCAGGAGGAGAUUCCGAUUCAUGGAGUAUCCUACAUGGCCAUGAAAAAAAUACUCGACUACAUCUACACUUCAGAGAUUGAGUUAGAUCUGGAGUGUGUUCAGGAAGUCCUGAUAGCUGCCACGCUGGUACAGAUUGAGAAUGUCAUUGGUUUCUGCUGUGAUUUUCUUUUCUCCUGGUUGGAUGAGAGCAACAUCUUAGAGGUGACCAAUCUGGCCGAUCUGUACGGACUGCAGCAGCUCAAUGCCAGGGUCCAGUCCUACAUCCUCAGGAACAUUCAGACUCUGUCUCGAACAGACGCAUACCGACAGCUCCCCCAGGAUGAAGUCUUCAAAGCGCUGAGCAGCGACGAGCUUCACGUGAGCAGUGAGAAUGAGGUUUAUGAGGCAGCACUUCACUAUCACUACAGUCCUGAGCAGGUGGAAACUGACCAGGUCUACUUGCAGGUCAGUCCGAAGGACAAUCUCAAGAUGCUCGAUGCCGUACGUUUUUGCCUGAUUGAGAAACAAGCGUUGCAGAGACUGUACGGCAGACUGAGCCAGUGUCCGCUGAAGGAUUCGGUUUCAGCUGCCCUGCGUUACCAUGAGCAGGAGGUCUGGCAACCCGUCCUGCAGAGUCCUCUCACCCAGCCGCGGUCCACCUUCCACUGUAUCCUGGGAUUCGGGGGGAUGUUCUCUUCCAGCUCCAGCACAGACAGCGAGCACCUGUUUCAGGUGUUCCACCCUAGCUGGGGCGAAUGGAGGACUCUCACAGCGGCUUACGCUCCCCGAAUGUCCAACCAGGGCAUCGCUGUGCUCAACAACUUUAUUUAUCUCAUCGGAGGGGACAAGAACACCAGUGGAUUUCGCGCAGAGACCCGCUGCUGGAGAUACGACCCUCGUCACAACAGCUGGUGCUCCAUCCAGUCUCUGCAGCAGCAGCAUGCCGACCACUGUGUCUGUGUGGUGGGUGGCCAUAUUUACGCUAUCGGAGGGCGAGACUACAGCAGUGAGCUGGACUCGGUGGAGCGCUACGACCCACAAAGCAACACGUGGGAAUUUGUGUCACCUCUAAAGAGAGAGGUGUAUGCCCAUGCUGGAGCAGUGGUGGAUGGGAAAAUUUAUAUAACAUGCGGCCGCAGAGGAAUGGCGUACCUCAGAGAGACCUACUGUUUUGACCCUGCAGCCAAUCAGUGGACGGGGUGUGCAGAGGGCCCAGUGGAGAGGGCGUGGCACGGCAUGGCCGCUGUUAAUGGACACGUGUAUGUUAUUGGGGGAAGUAAUGAUGAGCGUGGAUAUCGGCGUGAUGUCCUCAAGGUGGCAUGCUUCGACCCUGCAGCCAACUCAUGGUCUCUAAUUGCUCCUCUCCCUGCUGGACAUGGAGAACCCGGCAUAGCAGUGCUGGACAGUCGCAUAUAUGUCCUGGGAGGACGCUCUCACGACAAAGGCAACAGGAUGAAAUACGUUCACGUGUACCACACCGAUACAGACGAGUGGGAAAAUGACACAGAGUUUAAGGAGCGUGUCUCUGGCCUUGCGGCCUGUGUGGCGCUCAUGCCGCCCUCUGUGAUUGCUCAGGCCAGGAACUGGGAGCAGCGCACCAAGGCCGCGUGGAAAGACGUGGACAUGGACAACUCCGAGGACUCUAGUGAGGACUGAAGCAGCAGUGUUGAGCUGCAUCCAUCAGCACUGCAGACUGUCGUGCACUUUUCUCAUUCAGCAUGUUGAUUUUUAAGUACAAUAAGGAUAUCUUUUGCUUAUAGCAGCAUCAUGUCCUUUUUGCAUGUUGACCACUUUGAGUGCCUCUGAACCAAAGUGUCAUUCAGGACCUUUGCACAUUUUUUUUUUUGUUACCUCUCCGAUCUGAUCUUAGGAACUCACACUCGUUUCGGGAUUCCCUGCCUGCAGCCUCCCAGCCUGCCUCGCCAAAUGCUACUGCUACUGUGUUUCGCCGAUCCCUCUUUAUUUCCUGAUGCUGUAGCUGCUCCUGUGUUGUUCAUUUUGGAGAGAAUCUUUCUAUCUUCGAGUUAAGUGAAGCACUGAAGACUACUGCCUAUGCAAAAACAUGGUAGUCUGGAGCACAUUCAGCCGCCUUGACUUAUCCUUUAAGGACUUCCUGACAGAAGAUCAUUGAACAUUGAGUUUAAACUUAAGACUUUCAUAGGCAGCUCUUACUAUUAGUCAGCUACACUGUCAGUUUCUAAAGAAACAACACUUAUGUUGACUUUUUAAAGAAUUAAAAUCUAUACAUCACAUCUCCAACUCCGCUACUGAUUAUUGCCAGGUUCUACUAUGAAGUUAUCAUCACAUCCAGACUACUGAAAUCAAAAUGUUAAACUGAAGCAUUGUGCCUUGUUUUGUGGUGACAUCUUGAACCUGUUUUUUUUUAUGUUACCAGUGUGUGUUUAGAUGGAGGUGAGCCUUAGGUAUUGUGCCUCUUAUAUCAUAAAAGGCUUUAAAAGACCCUGUUGAAUUGGUGAGUUUGUACCUGAAUGAUGAGGCUCUGGUGGUACCAUCGAGUCUUGAUAUCUGUGUAAUGAAACCCAAACCAUCAUUGUUGUUUUUUUAUGAGUGUGUCCUUUCAUUGAUCUUGCAUUCUGUAUGAUUUAUUCAGUGUCCAAAUGGAGGUUCUUUUCACGUUAUUUCUGUUUGUAAGUCAGGUUUUGCUCUGUGCUGUGUUUUUUCCCCCCUCGCCUCAAUCCAUUGUUAACGCUGUUUAAUGUAGAAAGUAGGUUAAAUAACAAUUCCUCAGCUAUGCAUCCAAGUCUAAUUUAAAGUAUACUUUUCUUGUUCAUGUGAUGACAGUUAAGUCUUGAAGGAAAGCAGUGUUGUGGAAACACUGUCUCACAACAUUAUGCAAAAUUACAUUAGUAUCUGAUUCAUGAGCUAAGCUUUGAAAUUGAAUAAACAUAGUAAUAUAUAAUUGUUGUCAUGUGUGCACGUGAGUAGGAAUUUAUCAGUCCAGGGGGAGCGCUACUUUUCAGUGAGAACUCAUGCUGAGUAUUUAUUAUUUAAAACUGGACUGCGUUCAGGCUAACAAAAUGACGGUAUUUCUCCAUCAUUCCUGGCAGCAUGAAGCUGAAGGCUCCAUUUAUACUUGAGGUUGGAUAAUGACAUGGCAAUAACUUCCUGAACGUUUCUUGGAAAGAACUAUGUAAUGUAGAUCCAAUUAUAUGGAGAAUCAAGACAAAAUAGUAAGAAAUUACUUUAAGUAUAAGUAUUGUAACUUCCAUAAAAUAAAUCUUGCACAAGGUAUUGACCAAA